UAUUUUAAACUAAAAUUUAGAUAAUAAUUUGAUAAAAUAUGAUGUCUUUGAAUUUUGCAUUUUCUAUAAUCGCUAUAUUAAGCUGUAUUCAUACGGCUUAUGGAGUUGAUUGCAAUGCCGAUGGUAUGCGUCGUUUUGAUCAACAGGUAUCCCAAUUGAUAUCUAUUGCCAAUUCCGGACGCAAACUACCAGAUAAUAAAGGAAAGGAUCUCAAAAAGUGGUGCGAUGAAACCGAUGUUAUCAUUAAGGAGUUGGAAGGCUAUAAACAAAAGUGUUUUAAAGAUUUAAGUAAACAAGUGUUCGGUGUAUUAGUAUAUGCCGUCAAAAAUACAUUAAAACAGUAUUGCAAACGAGACUCUAAAAAGUUGGACCAACUGAUUGCUGCCGUUCCCUGUAUUAAUACUAAUGACGCCAUUGUCACCAAAUGUUACACAGAACUCGUUGAUGGCUUAUUGGGUUCAAAAAAUGCUAUCGACACCAAAAAGAUACCGCACUUGUGCUGUGUUUACGCCGAUGUAUACGAUUGUUUUGAAACAAAGUUAACACCGGCUAAAAAAUGUAACGAAAAACACGUGCAAACACUGUCCGAUUUGAUGCGAAAUAUUGCCGGUAAUGUUGUAAACCUUAUAUGCGGUGAUUAUGUCGAAGGAUCCGACAAAUGCACUCAAUUAGGACCCGCACCUAAAAAACGCAAGACUCAAAAGCGGACCAAAUCAUUUGCAUUACCACUACUAGACCUAUUGGCAUCAUUUCCUGAAGUCUAAUAUAUUUUCAAUUUAUUAAUAACUUUAAAUAUCAUUCAAUUUCUAUAUAUUUUUAAAGUUAUUUUUAUUUC